CGCUCAAGCAAACCAACAAAACUCAAGAGAGCCAAGUGAUCACGAUGAAACCCAUCGACGACAAGAAAGAUACGGUGGCGAUUCGGGUGGUGAGCCACGACGAGGAGGGUCGGAAGAGAGUGGAGAAGAAGGAGCUCAGUACCCACAACAUCGACACCAUCAAGUACGUGGAGAAGAAGCUCAUAGACAAGGGCGUGCAGCGCAUGGACCGCCACCCCAUCGGCGGAAUCGGGAUUGGAAGGCCACCGUCGAAGUCUGGCCACGGCGGGAAGUAUACAUGGGAGGGCCCCGGAGAUGUGGCGGAGUACGAAAUGGACCCAGUUCCGGCGGCCAUAGAUGAGGGGGACCCCAACUAUGUUGAUGAAGAGGUGGGGAAGAGGAUUGUGAAGGGAAAGGAGGCUGACGUGGCGGUAAUGGUGGUCGGGGAGGUGGAGGUGGCGAAGGUGGCGGAGAAUAAGGAGGGGGUGGCAAGAAUUGAGGUUGAUCCACAGCUCAACGCUGAGAGUUGAUUAAUGUUUGGUUUUAAUUUAGGCUUUGGGAGUUUGGGUAGUGAAAUGUCAAAUGUAGAGAGGCUUAAAGAUCUCUUUGUAAUAAAGGUGUUAAGUUUGGAUUGUGCGAACGUUUUUUAUGAGAAUAAUUUAUGGUACUCGUGGCUCUGGUUUUC